AUGUCGACUAAAGUUCCAGCCCCACGUCUUCGUAUCCGCCGCGCCACGCCCAAUGAUGCAGGCACAAUCGCGAAGAUCCACUUCGAAGCCUUCGGCCCAGGUGUCAUGAAUAGGCUGAUACAUCCAGAUGGGGUGAGUGAGAGCGCACGGGCGAACUUUGCCGGAGCAAUAUUCCCUCCGCCUGAGAGGGCUGCGGAUCUCUCCACCGAAGUCAUUGUCAUGGUAGCAGAGCUCCUUCCGGAGGGCAAUGAAGACGAUGGGGGCCUGAACCCGGUCAUAAUAGCCUUUGCCAAGUGGAAACUGGUGAAGGAGGCACUGCCACGGGAGAAAUGGGAUGGGCACUAUGAGAUGACGGACGAGGAACUAGGUGAGGGGUCAAACGCCGCGGUGUACAACGAGUUCAUCGGCGGCCUGCACCAGAUGAAGCAACGCUGUAUCAAGGGAGAACCGUGUCUGCAUCUGGGAAUCCUGGCGGCCACGCCUACCCGUCACCGGCUCGGUGCUGGGACUGCCUUGCUUAAAUGGGGCUGCGAGCUAGCCGACAGGGAGAACAAAACGGCGUGGCUGGAGGCAUCACCAGCUGGAUAUCUUCUUUACCGAAAACUAGGGUUCGAAGAUGUCGAUGUCCAGGACCUCAAGGUGACAGAGACGUGGGGCCCGGUGAGGUCCGAAGGCGAGAACUGGGGAGCUGGAUCCGCGGUCGUAUUGGCAGACGAGUUCUGGCCUGCGGAUCUCGAGAAUAUUUUUGUGGCCCGUUUACAGAUUCAUCCCGAUGGCAAGCUCGUGCCGAUAUUACACCUAUUCGUGUCAGCUGCCACCAAGAUUAGCUUCAAUACAUACUGGUUCCCCCUCUCACUUGGUUACCCGUAUGUCUUCUGCCGCCGGGAACGGAUGGCCCUGUCAAGUCGGCAAAUGCUUGCGAUGAUGCCGCGAGCCCACGGCACUGGACUCUACCAGUCGCCGGGCACCAACUCCGUUGACAACUUGCAAGAACGGCGCUGUUGGGCGUCAACGUCGCCGGAAUGA